GGGCACCUCGACUUCACACAUCUGCUGGGAAACACCCACCACCUCCGCCAGGCCCAGAUCCAGCUUCCUUCUUCCUCCCUCCUCCUGGGACAGCUGCCCUCACCCAGUUCCCGCCAGAGCAAGGGUUGGGGAAGGAGUACCUAGACGUGGGCAGCGGGGGCCCUUUCGGAAUCCUGAGGAGGGUGAAGUGACCGGGGCACCGCUGGGUAACCUGAGUGAUGUACGUUACCAACGGUUAUUGGGAGGUGUUCGAGAUCAAUGAGGCAGGGUUGGCAGGAGAGGGGCUGAUCUGACGGCUUCCAGCCAGCGGUGGGAUUCAAAGCUCAUCAACAGAGGUCAUGGAGAAGGAACGGGAGGCCCUGCAGACCUGGAAGGAACGCAUCGCAAAGGAACUUGACAGUGUGGUGGCUUUCUGGCUGAAACAUUCCCAUGACCGGGAACAUGGGGGCUUCUUCACAUGCCUUGGCCGCAAUGGGCAGGUCUAUGAUGACCUUAAAUAUGUCUGGCUGCAGGGAAGGCAGGUGUGGAUGUAUUGUCGCUUGUACCGCAAUUUUGAGCGCUUCCGCCGCCCUGAGAUUCUGGAUGCUGCAAAAGCAGGUGGUGAGUUUUUGCUGCGUUUUGCACGGGUGGCACCGCCUGCCAAGAAGUGUGCCUUUGUGUUGACUCGAGACGGCCGUCCGAUGAAGGUGCAGCGGACCAUUUUCAGCGAGUGUUUCUACACCAUUGGCAUGAACGAGCUUUGGAGAGUAACAAAGGAUGCACGUUACCAGAAUGAAGCUGUGGAGAUGAUGGACCAGAUCAUUCGCUGGGUGCGGGAGGACCCAGCUGGGCUAGGCCGGCCUCAGCUGUCAGGGGCCCCAGCCUCAGAGUCCAUGGCGGUGCCCAUGAUGCUGAUGAACCUCAUGGACCAGCUUUCGGAGGAAGACGAGGCCAUGACCAAGAAGUAUGCAGAACUGUCGGACUGGUGUGCCCAGCGGAUUCUGAAGCACGUGCAGAGGGAUGGAAAAGCUGUGCUAGAGAAUAUAUCAGACGAUGGCAAGGAACUCCCUGGUUGCCUUGGAAGACAUCAGAACCCAGGCCAUGCAAUAGAAGCUGGCUGGUUCAUGCUCCAGUAUGCCCGCAAGAAAGGUGACACCAAACUUCGAGCACAAGUCAUUGACAAAUUUCUCUUGUUGCCUUUCCGCUCUGGAUGGGACACCGAACAUGGAGGCCUCUUGUACUUCCAGGACGUUGAUGGUUUCUGCCCCACCCAGCUGGAGUGGGACAUGAAGCUGUGGUGGCCACACAGUGAAGCCAUGAUUUCCUUCCUCAUGGGUUACAGUGACAGUGGUGACCCUGCCUUACUACAGAUCUUCAAGCAGGUAGCUGAGUAUACCUUCAAGCAUUUUCAUGAUCCGGAGUACGGCGAAUGGUUCGGCUAUCUGACCCGAGAGGGAAAGGUGGCCCUCACCAUCAAGGGAGGUCCAUUUAAAGGCUGCUUCCAUGUGCCCCGGUCCCUGGCCAUGUGUGAGCAGUUGUUGGGAGCCCUGCUCCAACGUGGGAGCGCCCCCGCUGGCUCGAAAUAAAUGUGAUUCUGCUCAA